AUGUCUAUCGAAUCAUAUGAUAUUCCAACAAUGUUAUUGAAAGAUAAGGAACUGAAAGAUUUAUUAAAAUAUGUUUAUAAAAAUGAAUCAUUAUUAAAAGAAAAUGGCGCAAUUAAAUUAAUUCCACCAAAAAAGUUUAAAAAUCUAUUAAAAAAAACACCAAUAAAUGUUCCAUUACGUUCAACAAUUCAACAAGUUACACAAAUUGGUAAUGAUGAUUUAAUUUAUUCAAUAAAAACAAAUUCAUUGAAUGAAAAUAAAGAAAUUUUAAACGAAAAUAUUUUACUAAAUGAUGAAACAUUUUGGUUAUUAUUACCAAAUGGAUCGAAUACAGAAAAUAUCUCAAAUAUUUCAAUAAUUAAUGAUCAAUCAUUAUUUUUAAAACGUGUUGAUCGUGAUCAAUUUGAUUUUCAUGACUUACCUUUUAAAUCACUUUUAAAAUUAUCUGGAAAAAAAUUUUGUAAGAAAUACUCAUCAACAUUAAUCAAAGCACAUGGACCCGGUGCAAUAUUUCCUUUAUCUGCAAAUAAACAAAAUCUUUAUCAACUAAAUUAUCAUCAUGAAGGUGGUAUUCGUUACUGGUAUAUAAUUCCAUCAGAAGAAAGAAAAAAAUUUGAAAAAGUAUUUCAAGAAAAUAAACCAUCAAUAUGUGUCGAACAUGAUGAAAUUAUAAUUAAUCCAUCAUUCUUUAAUAAAUUUAAUAUAAAAUAUAAAAAAGUAACUCAAGAAGCAAAUGAAAUACUUAUUUUAGCAUCUGGAAUUCUUUCACAAAGCUUCACCCAAGAUGAAAUUCUAUGUGAAUCAAUUCAUUUUGGUUUACCAUCUUGGGUUUUUGAUCAGUUUACCAGAAAUUCGUCUUUAUGCCGUUGUAAAUUAUCGUCAAAUUCAAAUAAAGAUGAAGCAAUUGAUAUGAAUUUGUAUAAUGAUGCAGCUAUUCAAAAAUAUAUUCAAAAAUAUUUUCAAAUUAAUAUUCAUCAAAAUAAAGAUUCUGAAUUAGAUGAAGCUAUACCAUUUCUCGAUAAUAUUCAUGAAGAAGAUCUUUUGAUGGACAUUAGUAAUGAAUCAAUGCAAUUUUCACAAUUUCAUAAUGAAACUGAUUUUAAUGAAAUAUUUCCAUUAGAAGAUUUUCCCAGUGAUAUUUUUAUGAAUAAUAAUGAACCUGUGUCUUUAACUUCUGAACAAGUAUUAAAUAUUCUUGAUAUACCAUCAUUAUCUAAUGAACAAAUCUAUUUAAAUAAUAAUAGUUUAUCAACAAUAACAAAUCACAAAAAAUUUAUAAUGAAAAAAACAAAUAAUCAAUAUAAAAUUGAUGUAAAGAAAAUCUUACAUUUAUCGAAUCUUAGUAAACAAAUAACAAAAAACAAUCUUCGAUAUUUUUUUAAUGAUUCAAGUAAAAUUUUAUUAAAACAAAGUCGAUUACCACCAUAUCUUAAUUAUGCAUUUGUAUUUUAUCGUACACAUCUUCAAGCUGAAUAUAAUCGAAAACGAGCAAUUACAUCUUCACAGUUUGGGCCGAAUUGUCAAAUAGAAUUCGUUCAAAAUCUUUCUCAACUCCCAAAUGAAAAUGAAUUGAAUGAGAAUUGGAAUAUUGUGGUUAAAAAAAUACCUGAAAACGUUACUGAAAAUGAUUUAAGAAACUUAUUUUUUAAUUCUAAUGAAAUUAAAUAUAUUCCAGCAAGAAAUGUACAAAAAUCAAAUACAAAUCAGAAAAUUUUACUUGGAUACGCAUUUUUAUCUUUUACAAAUACUGAACAAGCGGAUGAAGUUAUGAAUAAUGCUCACCAAUAUCAAAUAAAUAAUCAACCGUUAAUAUUAUCUUAUUAUAAUUAA